AGUGCUGAUGUAUUAGAUUUACCGCCAUCUAUUGCCCUGGAGGGAAAUUGCAGGAAGACAUUCAAAAGAGGAAGGAUAUCUUCUAAAAAUAAGAUGCUGGAUAUGAAAGGAUAAAUUUUCCACUGUAAUUGUUUCAGGGAAUGUUUCAUCGCUUAUCAUACCUUGAAAGAACAAUAAGCGUUUUUUCCAUACAGUUUCCAAUAUUAAGCCCAUCGUAUUUGCGCGUCCUCGGGCGCCGGUGGGUGGGGAUUAGUGCGCUAGAGAUCAAGUCCAGAGGCGUCUGGCGACCGUUCCAGGGAAAUGAAAAGUAAAAUACCAUCAUCGGAUUAUGUCUGGGUGCGUCCGUGACUGCGUCAUGUUGGCCGCACCGUGAAUCAGAUGAGGAGCCGGUGAGGAGCCUGAGUAAAUCGCUGGACAGAAUUGUAAGCUGCAUUAACUUAGAGGCAAAUCGACUGUAACAUUUCUCAAUAGCCCAGUCUUUAGUAGCUGAUAACUUGUGAGAAGAACACAGGCUUUCCCACCCUUAGAAGAUUCCAUGUCUGAAAAGAGCAUUGCUCAGCAAGGGAUGAUGGGAAUUUCAGAGAAACUACAUUCCUAUUCAGAGGACAGGGAGAGGUCUGAGAUAUUUCUGGAGCAGCAUUUAGAAUUCCUGAAAGCUACACACCGGCAGCAGCUCCAGCAGAUUGAGCUGCAGCACCAGGCUGGUCUGGAAAGUAGAAUACUACAGAAUUCUCUGCUCUCUGAAAACAGAGACACUUCACAUAAGACCAGUGGACCACAAGAAACUCCCAGUAGUGAUGGGAACAGUGUUAAAAACAGAGGAGAUACCUACAUGUUUAAUAGACCAAAGAGAUCCUCCUCCACACCUGAUCUGAGUACCAAGAUGAACCUGGGGAAGUCUUUUGAUCCAGUUAUGCCCCAGACUUGUGGGAGCCGGAGGCAAGCUCUUCUCCAGGCCAAAGAGUCCAAGCAAACCAUAUUUGAUAAAGAGGAAAUAGACUGGGCUGAGUGUCAGAAACAGUUCCGUGUAGCACCUGUCCCUGAGCAUGUCUUCAAGUCCCUUUAUGAUAAUAUUGUCAGUGAGCAGGAACGGAUGAGGCAGGAGUGGCGGCAGCAGAGGAAAGAGGUCCUCUUAUCCAUGCAGAGACCCUUUACUUUCCACCAGAGAGAGCGGACGAAAGAGAGGGCAAAGCAGGAGAAAGCCACUGACAAACAGAGUGAAACCAGCAAGCAUGCUGGAAGGAGGAAAACUGUACCUAAUGCAGUAACAGACCCAGCCAUCUCUGAACAUUUAAAAGAGGAGGAGCAGAAGAGGAAGAUCCGCAUUCAGGCGAGGGCUCAGGAGACCCUCAGGGCCUCUUCAGCCCCCAUCCAGAGCCAGGCACCCAGAGCUGAUGGCCAGCAGGCACGCACUGCCCAGAGGACCAAGAGCAGAGUACUUGGCUUUUUAGAGCAAAGGUCAUCCUUCCGACCAGUGAUCAAUGCUCAGGUCCCAGACUUUGAUAAGCUGUACCAGGCCUUCCGGAAAAAGCUGACGGAAACAGCAGAAAGGAGAGAGGUUACCCUCUGCCAACCAUUCAAACUGCGCACAUCUACUCUCCAGCCACGUCACAGCAGAAGCAGCACAGACCAACCGCUGAGCUCUACAAGCAAGAGCAGUUUAAAGAGAAGCAAUUCUUUUGGUGGCUUGACAUCGUUAUCCAUGGAUACUCUUCCAACGUACAUAACGGAUGCUGCGAGAAAAAGGUCCAUGGCUAUAAGGAAGUCUCUGGAGCUGCGGGACAGUAAGGAGCAGGAAAACGCUGAGUGGAUGAAACAACACCGAAUGAAUUCUCAAGCCAUGAGUAGAGCAGUAGCAGCACGGGCCAAGGCCAUGGACCCACAUAGGAGUCUGAAAGAAGUCUAUCAGGAGAAACUCAAGCAGCACAGACACGCUGAUCAAGAGAGGGCGAAAGAUUAUAAAAGAGAACUGAGGGAGAUGAAAGCUCGAGUCACAGCCCGCCCGUACCUCUUCGAACAGGUCUCACAGAAAAAUGCAAAGAGCGAUGCAGAGCGCAGAUACAGAACCACCCUAGAGCAAGCAGGCUUGGAUGAAAACUUUGUAAGAUCCAAGGGAGAAAAUGACGAAAGCCAGACAUCAAAAAAUAAGGAUACAGACUCUGACAGUGAUGGGGAUCAGCACAGCUCUGAAACUGACACCCAGGAAAGGGAAGGAAGUGGGGAAGACAGCGGGCAAUGCGAUGAGGGAACAGAAGAGAGCGUGAAAACCAAAGCGGAAGAAGUUUGCUGACAGUGAGCAAGGAGCUGGUAUAAGAAUCAGAUAUGUUUGAUGAUGCGGUGAGGAGCAUGCCGCGGUCAGACACAAGAACACUGGUGCAUUCAUAUCAUUAAAGGCUGUUUUUUUUCACAAAAGCAUCUCAACAGUGAGAUGAUUCUUAUAUGGUAGAGUGAGCAUCACAGUGAACACUCCCUCUACUAUUUAAGAUGAUCCUAAGGCUAAGGUGCUUUUAGGAAUGCUGUCCAUCAAAAGUUUGGGGACACCUCUUUUUUGUCUAUAAAUAUAAUCUUACUUUUCUCUCUGUUACUUUCCUGUUAUACUUACUAAGAGUGGCGUUAAUUACCGAUAGCAGAUAAUCUACUAAUAACUUCCAUGCAAUUGAACACAGGAGCCACUUCAUUAAAAUAUGACAAUAUAACCACAUGUUUAGCUCACAUGCUUUUUAUAAAAAAGUGUGUUUCUUCUACAAACGAGACUGAAAGUUUUUCUCUUUGUGUUUAAGGUUCAAAUUGUGACCCCUUAGGUUGAAAUAAUGACUGAUUUUCUUGAGAUUUUGAAUUAGUAAGUCAAAUUAAUAAUAGAAAAGGAGUUCUUACACAUUAAGACCAUAAUAAUUUCAUAGUAAUUAAGUAAUUAUAUUAAGGCACUAAAACAGUAUGUCAACAUAAUCUAUCAGAAAUAAAAGAAAACAGGUAAUGCAUGUUCAUUUUCGGCUGGUGUGAUGAACUGAACUUCUGUUCUGCUUUGUGUGAUUGAAAACCGUGCAAUAUUAUAAAAUACUGCUUAAUUCACUAAGCGCAUCCUGGUGGUUUGAGAAUUGUAUGAUACAUACAAUAUAUUAAAUCAUGGCAGUGACAUUUUUGCCACUGUGCACACACAUAACCCACAGCUACAGUGCGCACCAGUAAAGAAGAGCUGUUUCAGUCAUGCAGUGAACGCACAGCCGGAUUUUUUUUUUAAUAUGUGCUUUUGACAAACGUUUGGAAAAUAAAACUGGCAAAUCAUUUUUAUGGCAAAACCUGCUUUUGAAUUUGAUGCCAACAACAUGUUCCAAAAAAAGUUAGGACAGGGGAACAAAAGACUAGUAAAGUUGUGUAAUGUUAAAAAAAAAACACUUGGUGGAACAUCUAACCAGUUGCUGACCUGUAACAUAACUGAGUAUAGAAAGAACAUCUCAGAGAGGCAGGGUCUUUCAGAAGUAAAGAUGAGGAAGGGUUCAUCACUCUGUGAAAGACUGCACGAUCAAAUAGUGCAACAGUUCAAGAGUAACAUGUCUCGACAUAAAAUUGCAAGGAGCUUAUAUAUCAUUAAAAUCAUUAAAAAAGCACAUAAUAUAAUUAAAAGAUUCAGAGAAUCUGGAAAAAUCUCUGUAUGUAGAGCACAAGGCCA